GGGUCAAACGUUUCCCUGAAUUUACGGUAGCCGAGUUUAUAUUGGACCAUUAUCGUUUUAUUUUCUCUUGCGAGAAUCUUCUCGAAUGUUUAGAAGGGGACAUUGACAAAGAUUGAUGACAGAAAAGCCGCAGCACCACUCAGUACGAAGGUAAUUGGACAGUUUGCGCUCAGAAAAGUCCGAUGAUGGUUCAAGAUUCCCCUAUGAUUGAGGUAUCGAUCCCGUCGCUGGAGCGAGAGGUAGACGAGUCGGGGAAAUUGAGAAAGCUCUUCAGAGUUGAGAUAUUGUUCAAUGGAAGGAAACACUUUGUGCUCAGAAGACACAGUGAAUUCCAGACCCUCCACAGAAAGCUGAAGAAGAUUCUGCAGCCCCCAGACUUCCCCAGCAAGAGGAGCACCCAUCUGAGAACCAAGCCUCUUGAGCAGAGGAGGCAACAGCUGGAGGACUACAUUCAGGAUAUCAUCUACCAGUAUGAAGAAGUCCCUCAGGUGCUGCUGGACUUCCUGCAUGUGAAACAUUUCCACUCUGGGAACAAAAUCAGCAGCCUUGACUGUCAGCUGCAGCAUCAGCGUGUGGUGGGAUUCUGUCGUGACCCCUAUCUCCUGGAGUCCCCCUCAGAUCUGCCGGACAUCGUCAAGGAUGGGGUCCUGCAGGGCUUGUACCCUCGAGACAUCCGUGUCAGCUUCACAGCCUGCACCAAACCCAGCCUCCCAGAUAGACCCAGUCUGGCUCCAGGUCCAGCCCAUACCUUCAAAGCUCCAGCGAUUCCCUCUAUAUAGUGGCAGCCUGCCGUGAAGUCCUGACAAUAGGAUCUGUGGAUUUUAAAUGUCCUUCUUGAUUCACUGGCUUGAUAGUGGUUUUGAUUAAUGUCCAUUGUCUGAAUCAGCCACCAAUGGUGAAGGCCCUUUUGCUUGUAUACUACCAUACAAUAUAAAGUUUUUUUUUUACUGAAGUCACAAAUAUGCCAAUUAAAGAUGUAUUAUAUAGAUAAAGCAAUGACAUCAUACAAGGGGUGGUUCCUGCUUACGAUCAAAAUUCAAAUCUGCAAUUGGGUUUGUAAGCAGGAUUGAUGAGUCCACCAUUAACUGCCUUAGCUCUCUAAAAAUGACCUACUGCAACAUUGGCUGCAUUCCAGGCUGACUAUCAGUCACCUGCCAGAUCUAAAUGUCUGGAUGUGUUUAUAAGCGAUCCACAUUAUACAACGAUCUGAUUCCUGACUGAACAGGGCGGCAGUUGGCACGUCGGGCCAGUAAAUGAAAGGUUGCUGGUUUGAAUACCCGAGCCGACUGAAUCUGUCUGUGCCCUUGAGUAAGGCACUUAACCCCAAUUUUCUCCAGGGGUGCCGUACUACUAUGGCUGACCCUGUAAAACACAUUUCACUGUACCUAUCCAGUGUGGCAACAAACAUUGGUUUAUGCCUGGAAUGCCACUGUUUCACAAUCUCUGGUAUUUCUGUGCAUUUUGUAUAUGCAAAUGUUUUACAUGUUCUUAAGAAGCUUUGUAUAGAAAUGUAAUACUUGCCCCAAUCAAGUGGUCAGUUUGGAUGGCCCACAUCUUUUCAUAUAAAAAUGUUCAUAAUUGUUCCACUA